GGACAGCGCAGUGUCUGCAGAAUCCUAAUUCCUGCACCCUGAUCGCUUCAAGCUGCUCCCUUUUCCUGCUCUCAUCUCCUCGCGCGGCGUAAAUACAGGACAUACAAGACACAGUCAUCCCACCGCCAGCUCUAGCCUUAAAAACCCAGCCCAGGGAGGUCAGAGCACAGCGGGUUCUGGCCUGGUGGUUCACCGCGCGUGCAAGGUCCCCCAGAAGGAUUCUGCGCGCUGCGCACCGCCUCACCCACACUAGCGGGCUCUAGAAACGAAGUCAUUCCAUCCUCAGACUUGGAAACGUGAUCCCAGUAUCCGAAAGCCAAGAUGCCGGCCCACAUGCUGCAAGAGAUCUCCAGCUCCUACACCACUACCACCACCAUCACAGCGCCUCCCUCUGGGGGCCUGCAGAAUAGAGGAGAAAAGUUGGAAAAGACCAUCGAUGACUUGGGAGAAGAGAUCCGCCCUGAAAUGAAAGAAGACAUCCAUGACCCCACCUACCAGGAUGAGGAGGGCCCCCCGCCCAAGCUUGAGUAUGUCUGGAGAAACAUCAUCCUUAUGGGUCUGCUGCACUUGGGAGCCCUAUAUGGGAUCACACUGGUUCCCACCUGCAAGUUCUACACCUGGCUCUGGGCAUACAUGUACUAUGUAGUCAGCGCCCUGGGCAUCACAGCAGGGGCUCAUCGCCUGUGGAGCCACCGGACUUACAAAGCGCGGCUGCCCCUGCGGCUCUUCCUCAUCAUCGCCAACACCAUGGCAUUCCAGAACGAUGUGUAUGAAUGGGCCAGAGACCACCGUGCCCACCACAAGUUCUCAGAAACACACGCUGAUCCUCACAAUUCCCGUCGUGGCUUUUUCUUUUCUCACGUGGGUUGGCUGCUGGUGCGCAAACACCCAGCUGUCAAAGAGAAGGGUGGUUUGCUGGACAUGUCUGACCUCAAAGCUGAGAAACUGGUGAUGUUCCAGAGGAGGUACUACAAGCCUGCUCUCCUAUUGAUGUGCUUCGUCCUGCCCACGCUGGUGCCCUGGUAUUGUUGGGGUGAAACCUUUCCACACAGUUUGUUUGUUGCCACUUUGCUGCGAUAUGCCGUAGUGCUCAAUGCCACCUGGCUGGUGAACAGUGCUGCCCAUCUAUAUGGAUAUCGCCCUUAUGACAAGAACAUUAGCUCUCGGGAGAACAUUCUGGUUUCACUGGGAGCUGUGGGCGAGGGAUUCCACAACUACCACCACUCCUUCCCUCAGGACUACUCUGCCAGUGAGUACCGCUGGAGCCUCAACUUCACCACAUUCUUCAUCGACUGCAUGGCUGCCAUUGGUCUGGCUUAUGACCGGAAGACAAUGUCUAAGGCUGCCAUCUUGGCCAGGAUUAAAAGAACUGGAGAUGGAAGCUAUAAGAGUGGCUGAAUUUUGGGUCUUCCAGAUCCCUGUUCCAAAGGCCAUCUGGACAGGGAUUUAAUGUUCUGCUAAUUAACUACUGAAUAAUGCUACCAGGAUGCUAAAGAUGAUGACCAUAACCCAUUCCGGUACAGUGUCUAUUAUAAAGUGCAGAAGUAUUGAAAGGCAACAACUCUCCUUUAUGAUGCUAAGCUGAUACUCUUAUUUCUCUUAUAUUUUCACUGUCUUUUCCUUUGCUUUAUUUUAUCAACUUCCUUUGCUCCUUCAUUGCCUCCGAGGCAAGUAUUGUCAGCUGUAGGUCAAUGUCCACCUCCAAAGCCUACCAGCCUUUCUACAGUCUAAAAGUAAAGGUCUUUGCCCUAAGACAGGUCUCUUUUCUUGAGCUGCUCUGAGAUACAGAUACAAGAAAAUCUUCCGAGGUACCCCUGCUAAUUAUCUUUAGCCCAGGAUUUGCUGGAUGGAAUGAAAAAAUAAUUUUAUUUGGCAGAGAGCAUGCAAAGCAGGUAUAUUAUCAAGGGACAGAGUCAGCAUGCAGGGAAUGAUUCAUCAGUAAGGAUGUGGUAGAUGUGGGAACCUUCUCAAGGGGAAGCUCUUACUAUGAUGAGGCCUAGCUGCUUGCUUAGCAGAGAGAGACAUUGAGCCCCUACAUAGUAUGCUUCCUUUCUGACCUGACAAUGAGUAGGCUAUGGCUGUGGAGCUUGGUGUGCUAGAACACAACAAAUCUCUGUCUCAAUAUAGUUUAAGCUUAGCAUAAAGGAAGAACAUUUAGUUAGUAAGAAACAAAGUCUCUGCUGGGGAAUGGUUUUAUUUUUCUUUAAUAUAACAAGGAGAUGUCUUCAUUCAUUGAACAAGGUUGGGUAUAAAGAAUUUUUGAGCAGUCCGUGAGCUGCUCAUUGGAACAUCUUUGAUCUUCCUGCUCUGCCAUCUUCAGGGUACUGGUCACUCCCUUAUAGUUAGUAGAAUGGCUGUGACAUUCCUAACUAUCCAACAAUGCAAGGAUUUUAGGAGGUAGACUUGGGUCAAAGUUAAAAAUGUGUAGAUAUAAAAUCUAUAUUGGAACAUGUAAAUAUUCACUUAGAGUAUUUCCCCUUGAAAAAGAAAUGCACUUGAAGGAAGGGAGGAAUUAUCUGGGUUCCCUACUCGUUCUACAGCUGGGCAGCAGAUGGAGAGAGUUGAGAGACCACAUUUGUAGACAGCUCCUAAGAGCUAACUUUACAAAGGAAGGACUCAGAACACAUUGCCAGGGGAUUCAGAAGUUACUAAGAAGUUAUUGAGUGUUCUAGUGAAACAAGUUAAAUACUAGCUUCCUUCAUUCCAAUUUCUCUUUGCAUUGUUUAAAAAUAGUAUUGUACCCUUUUACUUAUUCCUUGUUCUGUUUCCUAGAUGGUAACAGAACAUCUGGAGAGGAAUGCCUCAGGGACAGGAUAGAAAUCACAUAACCAUCCUGAUUCUGGAUUAUUGGCCCUACCACAUCUUUCUCUUUUCUCCUACUGCUUCUGUGUGUUCUUUGACAUUUAUUUCUUUCUCUGGACUGGCAGCCUCCUGUGUGUCCACUGUCGGGUCCCAAUGGUGAGAGGGAGCAGGGCCUUUCUUCCUCUGUUAAUUGAAUAGAGGCUACAAGGACCAGCCUGCAUGAAAAGUCUUUUAUUUUUGAGCUGUUCAUUAAAAUAGACAGGAAUCUCAUGAAGAUUACAGUAGAUUGUAUUUGCUGACUUGUGUCUCUACUCCUUGGAAAUGUCUUCUGGGUGAUUUUUGAUUCCGCCAGUCAUCAAAUACCUGCUUUAUAAUGUGAACUAUAAAGUCUAUUUUUCCUUCUAAUCCUGUUCCAUGGAUCUGAUCCAUACCAUGUCCCUACAUAAGGCUGAGAACCCUAGCAUAUAUGUGUCUAGGUAGGUUGGAGUGCACUACCAGCUCACUCAAGGAACACUAUUUUCAACAUUCUAAAUUCUCUUGAAUUCUCAAUUCAAGAAACACAUUAAUGAGAUACUCAGAACUGAUCAAGUGAAUUUCUAACAGUCCUUGCCUUGUGGAUAACUUAUUUGGGUGCCUUACCUCUUUUCUAAUCAGUGUUUCAUGUGAGCCUGCCCUCACUCCCUCUGCAGAGACCCUUGAAACCUGAGAGUGUGCAGAUAUAGCUAGUAUAGAAGCUGGCUUGGUUGGAGUAUUACCUGUACAUCAAUUUGCAGGAAUCCCUUCCAGGCUUCAUUUUGGAAACUUAGUGUUGUUUUCAUGAAGUGACCAUAUUUGAUGGAUGGCGGAAGUAAUUUGAACGUAUAUGAUGUAUAGUGUUUUGUUUUGUUUUUUAAGAUUAGAAGAUGGUCGUAGCAUUUAAGAUGUAAGUUUUCUCCACUCAGUUUUCAGACACUCAGGUUUGCUAGUAUCCUGAGUGCCUUUUCUUUAGUUGGAAUGGAUCAGUAUAAAAAGCCAAGAAAGUGGCCAUGUAACACUGGUGGUGAAAGCCUGGGCUUCCUACCAUUGUGCCACUGAGACUCUCAAACAUUCCCACUCUGACAACAAUGGGUCACUCCAAAGAUAAGGAUGUUAGUCAAUGAGAGUAGAACCCUCCUGACCUAAUCACCUAUUAAGGUCCCACUUCUUAACACUUGUAUUGUGAUUAAGUUUCCAACCAAUGAAUUUUGUAGGACAAAUUCAAAGUAUAGCACUGGACAAGUCACUUAACUAUAAUGUGACUCAGUAUUACUUUUAUGAAAAUGGAAUAAUUCUGACUUAAGUCAAUGAGUAUAUUUGAGCAUGACCAAUCAAUGGUCUUUAUAAAAUAUUUUGGGAUCCUCAGUAAAGGAAUUCUUAAGUCCUGCAUAUUUUUAUAGUAGCAAUGUCCACCACGGACUUGACAUGUGCCUAUGUCCCAGAUGACAUCACUAGUCUACAUCAUUCUCUUGAGAGAUAGAAUGCAUUCAAUAAAUGUUGGACAGUCAGCCAGACAAAAUUUGAGAGUGCAUAUUCAUUGCUAUGAAAAUAUGCAGGAUUCCAUUUCCUUCCUUGGGUAGGAUUUUUUUUUCCCUUUUUUCUUUUUAUGUGCAACAGUAGUUAUUUGUAACCUAUGAUAAUUUUAGAAUCAUUUCUUUUAAUAUUAACUUUGAAGCUCUUUCUA